UCCCCCCUAGCUCCCUCCGAUUGGUCAGAUGCGGAGUGGUACAUUCCGGUAUUCCGGCUAUAGGAUCGACGGACGGAGCGGUCCAUUGCAAGCAGCAAAAGGGGGGGUUCGGGCCUAGGUUGGGGCUGUGGGGCCUGCCUGGAUUUGUGACUUUCUUCGUCUCGCCGUGCAGGGGAGAGCGGUGGAGCAGGAAGCCGUGGCGGUAGAACAUGAGGUCGUAGGAUCGGUAACAAGCCAAGGAAGAAGGAAAGACGGUCAGAGGAGAGAGACAUGGACAGCCAGUGCACAGUACAGGUGAAAUUGGAACUGGGUCAUCGAGCCCAACUAAGGAAGAAGCCUACUACAGACGGAUUCACCCAUGACUGGAUGGUCUUUGUUCGUGGCCCUGAACAGUGUGACAUACAACAUUUUGUAGAGCGAGUGGUCUUCAGGCUGCAUGACAGCUUCCCCAAACCCAAGCGUGUCUGUAAAGAACCUCCGUAUAAAGUAGAGGAGUCUGGAUAUGCUGGUUUCAUUUUACCCAUUGAAGUACACUUUAAAAAUAAGGAGGAACCCAAGAGGGUUUGUUUCAACUACGACUUGUUCUUGAAUUUGGAAGGAAAUCCCCCAGUGAAUCACCUGCGCUGUGAGAAGCUAACUUUCAAUAAUCCAACAAAGGAGUUCCGCCGGAAACUACUAAAAGCAGGAGGGGUGUUGGUUAUGCCAGAGGGAGCAGAGACUGUGUCCAGACCAAGCCCAGAUUAUCCAAUGCUGCCAACAAUUCCCCUCUCUGCCUUCUCGGACCCAAAGAAGGCUAAACCUUCUCAUGGGUCAAAGGAGGGAAACAAGGACAGCAAUAAAACCUCAAAACCCCACAAAGUUACCAAGGAACACCGGGAACGACCAAGGAAAGAUUCCGAGAGCAAAAGCAAGGAAAGUGAAGGAAAUAAGCAAUCCAAGGAAACCUCUUCUCGAAAACCUGCUGAGAAUAAACCUCCUAAGGAAGAAAAGGCACCCCCAAAAGUUGCUUUUAAGGAACAAAAGAUGGCACUGAAAGAGCCUAAACAGGACAAUAUGUCUCCUAAAGGGGGUCCAGCUGAUGUUAAGCCAACUAGCAAAAGGCCUCCAAACACAGACUCUCCUAAAUCCACAAACAAAAAGCCGAAGAAAGGUAGCUCCAAAGGACUCUCUGCGACUUCCCCUCGAGGCCCUCCCAACCCAGUUAGUAACACCACCACGUCUUAUCCUGAGAAAAAGCCAGUUAAGGAAAAGCCUGUGAACAAAAUUGAAAGGCCCAAACCAGAAAAUGAGGUGAAGAAGCCAGCCGAACCUGAGGAUUCAAACUCAGAGGAUGAAGGCUCUUCAAAGUCAGAGUCUGUCCCAUCAAGUCCUUCUAACAGUAGUUCAAGUUCAGACUCCAGCUCCGAAUCCGAUUUUGAACCCUCACAGAACCACAGCCAAGGCCUUCUGCGAUCCAUGGUGGAAGAUCUCCAGUCAGAAGAAUCAGAUGAUGAUGAUAGUACAUGUGGAGAAGAGACUGCUCCGAAGACCAAAACAACGGGUAGAGACUCCCGGAUGAGUCUCAGCGACAGUGACAGCAGUGAUGACUCCUGUGCCCAUAGCCGUGGGCCUGCUCCUAUACAGAAAAUACCCCCAGUUAAUAACAAGACCACAGGUCGUAGAAGUCCAGAGACAUGCACUAAAUCAGAUAAGAUGCUGAAGAAAGGAGAAUAUGAUAAGGCAUACACAGAUGAGUUAGUGGAAUUGCACCGGCGGCUAAUGGCUCUAAGGGAGAGGAACGUCCUUCAACAAAUUGUAAACCUAAUUGAAGAGACAGGGCACUUCAAUGUCACAAACACGACUUUCGACUUUGACCUCUUUUCUUUGGAUGAGACAACAGUCCGCAAACUCCAGAGCUAUCUGGAGACUGGAGCUACAUGACCCCAGAGAAGAGGGGAAGAGAAGGAGAGGGAAGAGCGUGAUGUUUAGCAGUUUGCUCGGAAACAUCCCCAUCCCCUGAACCAGUCCAGGGAACGUCUGGAGAUGACCAGUUGCUCCCAGUCAAUAAGAUCUCUCUCACCGAUCCACCCUGCUGCUCCAAUCAACGUAUCACUCCAAUGUGCAGUAUUUUACAGGCGCACAACGGUUAAGCGGAAUUUCAAACUAUUCUUGUAUUUUCAAAAUACAGAUAUAAAUUUUAUACUAUAGUGGCUGCAAGUUUGAAAAUUUCAGUGCGGCAGUCCCUUCAGAUUUGGCAGGGAGAUGUCCGUUUGUGGAGGUAGUAGAAGCAUACAACACAGAGAGGUUUAUGUAUAGGAUGGAAUGUCCAUGUGUACACACCUAAACCGUCACACCUGGGCUACAAUAUAUAUUUAUAUACAUAAGCAGACCAUCUCUGUCUUAGGCGAAACUGCAUCUUUUCACUAAAAUUUAUAUAUGUCUGUAUUUUGAGACUACAUCUCGAAAGGCAUUUUUGCACUGAACGUGCUCCAAUGACUGCAGAAGAAAGGAAACCCUUCGGUGGUGCUUUCAGCGGGAUUCAUUACUCUGAAUGAUAUCCCUUUCCUUCCACUGAUCUCGCCAUUUAGUGUUUUUCCUUCUUCAAGAAGUGGUGUAAAUGAGAGAGAUUAUAUUUCGGGUGAGCAAGAAGAGACUCGGCAGCACAAACUUCACUCUGCUUUGAAAACAUUACGGAACGUUCGGUCUGUAAGCUGUAUAUUCUAUAUAUAUUAUAUAUAUGUAUGUAUUUUAUGUAUAAGAGGGCCUGGAGAGGCAAUGUAUGAUUUAAUUUUUUUUUUUUUAUUAUUUUUUUUAUUCUUUAAGGGAUAAGGGUUGAACACGGAUAAUUUCUUUUCUCUUGCCGUAAUUUUAAUGCUUUUUAUUCCAUUGAGCAUGAAAUACUAAAUUUAAGGAGUUAGGUAAUAUUGGAGGUCAUGAUUUAUAAAAAAAAAAAAAUUAAGUGGAGAGAUAUUAAACCUUUGUGCUACAACGGUUUUAUAAGUUGCCUCUCCUUUUUAAAGGGAUUAAAUACUAUCUCCACUCCCUCCUCAAGCAAAGGACAGAUUUAAUCCAGGGGGGGGGGCGGGAGGGGUGAGUUUUUAUAUCGGACUUUAUCUGGCUUUGCACCAGCAAAUGGUUUAUUACUCUUUGUAUGCUCUGGCCUUGUUUGCUAAGUUACAAUGAGGCCACCGUGUCCCAAGAGGUGGGAAGGCAAAACUAACCGGACCAGACAUAUGACCGUUAUCCACACUACAAACUACGUUUUUGGGAGCUAAGCUUAUUCUAAUACUUCAGACUUUUUAUUCUGGGUACAUUAUCUUCUGGGAACUAAACCAGUUGCAGAAACAGUAUUUCAGUUUUAUGUAACAAGAGAGUUAAAUUAUAAUAUGUUAAGCCAAUUAAAGAGCAAUGCUUAUGAAGUCUGUAUUUUGAUCAAUCUGCCCUCACAUUUCGUAUACAGAGAAUAAUCUGAACUGUAGUGAACUGAAAAUUGAGUUACAAAGUUUAGGCCAAAGACUUGAUAUGGAAUACUUAUUCAUACUGCUGUUUUAUUUUAUUUUUUCAGCCUAAAUUUUGCGAUUCGAUUUUACGUUCACUACAAUUUUAGUGGUUUAGUGAACAAACUACAAUUUUUUAAAAAAUGUUUUAAUGUAUGAACAAUUUCAGGUGGAGGCUUGAGACCAUCACCAUGGAAACCAAUUGAAUGUGUGUGCCGAUUGCUUCAUUUUUAGAACUUUGUCAGACAAUUGCUCCUAAUAUAUAAUUUACAUGUUUUUAAAUGUCUAUUGCUCUUGCGAUCUGUAUAUUCCAAGCAUCGCUGCUAUCCAAUAAUCCUUUCUUCUUUUAUACGCACGUGUCCCAAACCGUGUAGUAACUGCUUCUAGCACCAUUCUCCAAUAUGUUGAAUAACCCGUUCCAUGAAAGAAAAACUGUUUUACCUCCAGCAGAGGGUUUUCAUACUUGUUAGUUUAUAGUUUGGCCUGACCUCCUCAUCCAUAACCUAAAACACUAACUUUUAUAUA